GGAGAGAGGCAGAAGGGUGUGUUCUUCCCUCACUGCAGCAUCCAUUGGAUGGGAUGAAGUGAGAGAAAGACACAGAAGAGACGGAGAACAAGGCGUGUCACUGUAGCAAUAGAUAGGAGUGUGUUCUGUCCGAAACCUUCACUCUAUCUGUAAAGAUCAUCAGAAGUGUGUGGAGUCUGAUGUGAGGCACAUCUCCAGCUGUCUCUUGGUCUGUGCUUCCUCCGGUGGAGGCUGUCUGGACCCAGCUGUGUUUUCAUGCAGUGGCUGCUGGUUUGAUGCAGAAUGCCUCUAGUUCAGUGUCAGCCGGCAGGCAGAAGAGGGCGCAACAAGACAUAUCUUCAUCUGCUGCUCCUCUUCCUCAGUGUGCUACAAACACAUGGAUACAUUCAAAUCCCUCCUGAUUUUAAACAAGCUCCAAAGAUCACAGCUCAACCCAGGUCUCACACCGCUUACUCUCUGGAGGAUGUCAAUCUGGCCUGUGAAGCCAGUGGAGAGCCGACACCCAGCUUCCGCUGGGUCAAAGAUGGCAAACAGUUUAGAGAGGUUCUGUUUGAGUCUGGGACCCUGACAGCAGAUGAAAAAGAGGAACUCCAAUUCUAUCAGGGCUCGUACCGCUGCUAUGUGGCCAAUGAGCUGGGAACCGCCGUCUCAGACCUGGUGCACCUGAUCACCGAGCCCAUCCCAACCUUGGCCAAAGAGAAGAGGCAGAAAAGAAGAUUGUUUGAGGAGGGAGAAAGCACUGUCCUCUACUGUAGCCCUCCCAAGAGCUCUGUCGCUCCCAAAAUACAUUGGAUGGACAUGCAGUUGCGCCACAUUCCUCGGAAUGAGCGGGUGACCACCAGCCUUGAUGGAAAUCUGUACUUUGCCAACUUACUAUACAGUGACAGCAGAGAAGACUACACCUGCAAUGCCCACUACAUCAACGCCAGCAUCAUCAUACCCAAAGAGCCCAUCGCCAUCAGCGUCACACCAUCAAAUUCUGUGGUGAAGAAUCGGCGGCCCCAGCUUCAAAAGCCAGCAGGAUCCCACAGUUCUUAUCUGGUGCUCAGGGGACAAACGCUGACCCUAGAGUGCAUCCCAGAAGGCCUGUGAGUAUUCUGCCAAUGUCUCGUCAUGGCCGCUGAAUUUAUGAUCAAAAACAGACACUAGCAAAAACAUCUGCAUGCACUCUUCAACUGACAAAAACCAAAAUAAUCAGUCAAUUAACAUUUUAACAGAAUUCAAUAUUCAGUGUACAGUGGCAUUUAUCAACUAUUCUUCUCAAGACUAAGACGGCAUUUGUGCAAAUAUAACAAACAGACAUAUGGCUAAACAUAUAGCAGACAUAAAUCCAAUAAACAGGUAACAAUGUAGAAAGAAAAUACAUGUAGCCUAUAAUGUCUGUUAUACAUCAGUGGCGGAUGCAGAAAAUGGUUUGUGGGUGGGUCUGAAUAAUUCACAUAACCGGGCAUAAUUUAAAAAUAAAUAAAUAAUAUAAAAUAAAUAAUACAAAAUUUGACAGCACUAUAAAUGCCCAUGACUUCAGAUACCGCGAUAUCACUAAUAAAAGAAAUCACAAUGCCUGUCUAAUAUAGAAUGUAUCUAUAAUCUUUGUAUGGACAGUCCAAAAAAUCUCUUUCUCACAAAUAUUUAAAUGAAAAUAUUCUUAGUCAUAGC